AUGCAGAAUGCAGUCUACAAGGAUUACCCGUUCUUUGCAGACAUACAGGUCAUGAUAUUCCUCGGCUUUGGAUGCCUGCUGGCAUUCUUCCGACUCUAUGGCUUUGGGGGGAUGGUUUUUAACUUCCUCACAGCUACUUUUGCCAUCCAGUGGGCCAUUCUGGUGCAGGGCUAUUUCCAGUUCAAUCAUGACGGUAAGAUCCAUCUUGGAGUGAUCAACCUCAUAAAUGCAGAGUUUGCCUGCGCUGUGGUGCUGAUAUCUUUUGGGGCAGUGCUGGGGAAAACCAGUCCGUUGCAGCUGCUGAUCAUGGCCCUGCUGGAGGUGCCAGUGUUUGCAGUCACAGAAUGGGUUGUACUGAAGUAUCUGAAGAUCAAUGAUGCAGGAGGCUCUAUUCUCAUUCAUCUCUUUGCCUGCUACUUUGGCUUGGGUGUCACUUUUGUGUUGUACAGGCCUCGCCUAAACGAAGGCCAUGCAAAGGAGAACACCAGCUACCAGUCAGACAUCCUGUCUGUGAUGGGGACCCUGUUCCUGUGGGUGUUCUGGCCCUCCUUCAACUCAGCAUUAACCCUGAAAGGAGAUGACCAGCACAGGGCCAUCCUCCACACCUUCAUCGGCCUGAGUGCCUCCACCCUCACAGCUUUCGCCCUCUCUGCCAUGCUGAACAAAAAUGGGAAACUCACGAUGGCAGAUGUUCAGAACGUGUCUGGCUGGAGGUGUGACGGUAGGGGCAUCUGUGGAUAUGAUGAUAUCACCUGCGGCUGCGGAUAUGUGCCAUACUGA